CCCGCACACACCCUGUACGGGGCAUCGAUCCUUGCUUCCUAGCACGCUACGUACCGCCUUGGACGUCGAUCUGGCCCAUCUAUGCCAGCAAAGAGGCAAAAGGCAGCAGCGGCCAAUCGCAGGAACAGCGGCUCAGACGGCGCUGUCAUUCCCGCUGCCGCUGCCGCCGCUGUAUCCUCUACCGAUCUCUCCGAGCAAGGUCAGCUCGGCGCCAUCUUUGUGCAGCUCGAUGGCAAUGAUGCAGACUCAGAAGCAGUCAUCGUACGGCGGUCAGGCAGGAAGAGGCGCAAGGUUGAUGAGAGCAGCGAGAACGUCCAGCAGCUGUCCUCGUACUUUAGCUCGCAGCUCAAGGCGGCGGGGAGCAAAGGGGGCAAGGUUGAGAAGAAGGGGCAACCUGGCAAGCAGGUGGAGAGUGUUGCUUCGGUAAAAGCCAAGAGGACACGGAAGGCGCAUAAGCCCAAGGAGGAGCCAGCGGAUGAUCUCGACGAUCCAGCCAGUGCGACACCCCCAGACACGUCCCUCUUCCCCUCUCUCGCUCUCAAGCUGCACGGUCUCGCCUCGGAUCGCCAAGGUAGCUUCUAUGGUCUGGUGCAAGAGCUCCUCACACCAGACGUCUUCGGCAUGCUCGUCGUCACCAUACUCCUCAAUCAGACGACGGGUCGGGCUGCCAUACCCGUCUUUUACGAGAUUAUGCAUCGGUGGCCUACACCGCGCCUGUUGGGUGAGGCGGACGAGGAUGAAUUGAGAGAGAAGCUGAGGCCGAUUGGACUGUUUAACAUUCGGGCUAAGAGAUUGAAGGAGGUGGGAAGGGUGUGGUGUGAGGCGCCUCCUCGGUGGGGAGUCACGACGAAGAGCAGGGUGGUCAUGCCUGCCAGCUGGGCGAUGGUAGAUGAGCCAGCAGAGGAAGGAGCUAUCGGAAGUGGCGAUACAAAGGCUGCUAAAGCGGUCGAUCCUGAUGCUCGCAAGUUGAAGCGUACAAAGACACGCCCCCUCUACCCGGCGACGGAGAUCUCCCACCUUCCAGGUGUGGGACGGUACGCACUAGACUCCUACCUUCUCUUUCGGCCGUCGCGCUCCCACCUCUCCAUGGCCUCGGUACAGAUCGACCUCUGUAGGGCCACUGCUUUACCCAAGCCCACGUCAGAUCCUUGGCAGAAGAUUCUAGAUCGAAGGGUGGAGCUCGGGGACAGGAGAGACGUAGGCGAAUUGCUUCCCCCUGUCUCCAAGCCAGAAGGGGAGUCGGAAGGGCACGACUCAGUGAACCCCGAUGAAGACUGGCGCAAUGUAGAUGCACUGGACAAGGAACUCAAGGCGUACAUGCUGUGGAGGCUGGGAAGGGAUGCUUCGCUGCGAGAAGCAAAAAAGGAGUAGAGCGAAGUGUACGCUAGGAGAAUCGAAUCGUGGUUGACGUCGGAGGAGACGUCUCCUCUGCCGCUGCCAAUGUACAAUAUCUGUAUUUCUAUCGCAUACAGACUACACACCGUCCUUGAUGCAUCGCGACCAGAGUUGCAAAGGCAAUGGAGGCGCUGCCUGAGUAAAGUCUGCGAUCCGUCGCUGCAGAAGGCAGACAAUCGAAAAGCAAAAAGAAUC